CCUUUCACUUCCCGAGCGGAGGGGCCGGCCCGAAGAGCAGCCCGCCCCGCCGCUGACUGCGCCGGGCCGGUUCCUGCGUCCGGGAGGGCUGCGGCAGUGCCCAGAGGCCCAGCCGACCGCCUCCCGGCCCAGCGGGGACAGUGCCACGCCGGCGGCAUCCUCGAAGCGACAUGGGCCGCAGGCUGACCCUGCUCCUCCUGCCGCUGGCCCUGCUGGCGGCCCCGGCGCAGGCCGAAGGCGGCGCGGUGACGGCGGCGGAGGAGGUGAAAAUAGAGGUGCUGCACCUCCCCGAGGUCUGCAGCCCAAAGAGCAAGAAGGGGGAUCUGCUGAACGCGCACUACGACGGUUUCCUGGCCGGCAACGGAUCCAAGUUUUACUGCAGUCGGACACAAAAUGAAGGUCAUCCAAAAUGGUUUGUUCUGGGUGUUGGACAAGUCAUAAAAGGGUUGGAUAUUGCUAUGAUGAAUAUGUGUCCUGGAGAAAAACGAAAAGUGAUCAUUCCUCCAUCAUUAGCAUACGGACAGCAAGGAUACGCACAGGGCAAGAUUCCACCCAAUGCAACACUGAUCUUUGAGAUUGAACUUUAUGCAGUAAAUAAGGGACCUCGCAGUGUUGAAGCAUUUAAUCAAAUAGACAAGGACAGUGACAAAAAGCUCUCUGCACUUGAGAUAAGCCAGUAUUUGAAAGAAGAAUUUGCAAGAGAUGGCAAAAAACGUCAUCCCUCAGUCCAUGAUGAAAUCUUAGCUGAUAUAUUUAAGAAGAAUGACCAUGAUGGAGAUGGUUUCAUAUCAGCAAAGGAGUACAAUGUCUACCAGCAUGAUGAACUCUAACUACUUAAAGAAGCUUUGGCUGUUUUCCAGACAUUGAAUUUUAAAUAACAAUAAUGUGUCACAGAAUUUGUGUGCGUUUUUUUGUAGCGGAAUCCUUUUUAUAUCUGUUAAGGUGAUGGUAAAAUCUUAUUUUUAACAUUCAACAAAUAAAAUGUGUUAGAUAUUUCUAAAGAAAUAAAUAAAAUUGGAAAACACAA